UCCCCUACUCCUUAAAAAAUGUAAUUGUCAACAUUGUGCUGUAAAAACAUUUCUUCUUCCUCCAAAAAGUUCCCAAAAAGUCGUGAAAAAGAAUUUAUUUGGCGGCAAAAUGUCGCAAAACUCUGAAAAGAACUAUUUAGGCUUCGACGAUGUGGCUGUUUAUCGGAUCCCGAUGAAAAAGUACCGGAAACGGGCAUGCCGGAGCACAAGAGAUCAGCAUUCGGCCUUUGUGGAGUACAUUGAGAAGCGUCCCUGUGUCCUGGAUCCCACGCAUUCGGCGUACGAGCGAGUCUGGGAUGAACUGACCACAAUUCUCAAUGCCAGAGGUCCACGUCGGACGUCGGAUCAGUGGCAGACGAAUCUGAGGGAUUGGCGUUAUGCCACAGCCUUCAAGUACAAGCGAGCUAAGAAGAUGGGUAUCUGGAAUCUGACGGAAGUUGAGGAGAAAUUCCUAAAAAUAACGGGACGGAUGCCAAGGGACUCUAAGGAUAAGAACCUGGUGAUUUUGUCUUCCGAUGAUGAUACCCAGCCACCAAAACUUGAACUUAGCACUGAAGUGGAAGAUGAGGAAGAGGUUGGGGAUGAGACUCCUGUUCUCAUGGAAGUGACACAGUCGCCUCAGCGGGAAGAAUUUGAAGAGAGUGGGGCAGAAAAUCCGGAUAUUUCUUCUGUGUGGUUCCCGGAGAACAAAAAAGAGAUUAUGAUUGAUGUUACGGAGGAGGGAGAGGAUGUUCUGAAGCAGCCUCAGAGUCAGAAGCAGGUCCUGACCAGUCCCAAACAAUUCAUCUGCAAUCCAAUGAGGAAGUGGACAGAACAGGAAGUCAGUUGUCUCAUUAGCUACAUCAAGAGUACUCUGUGGGACUUUGAGAAGCCAAAGCCUGAUGUUUACUACCGAAGAUUCCUGUCCAUGUAUCCUUCAAUUUCCUUCGAUGUUGGCAUGAAGUGGAGCAUAGUCAAAGGGAAGAUUACCUUCCUCCGGCAGCAGUAUGGGCAGGCCAAGGCAUGGCUCAAAGGAACCUUUGGGAUGGAUUUGCCUUUUAAAAGUCUCUCGGUCAAAGCACAAGUUCAACUGCUCACAAGGUGUCCUCACUAUCGGGAAUUGGAUGAGAUCUUCACUACAAAAAUCCGUCCAGUGCCCGGGAAGAUUGCGGAUGGAGAUAGCAAUUCAAAGAUGCCUGGGAGUGAUUUGAAGAUCACCCUCCCGCCCCAAAUAACAGUGAGAAACUUGAAGACAAAGCAAGUUCUCAGCAAAAGCCUCAUCCCAUCGUCAUCCAGGACGGAAAUCCUGCAAGAAUCACCAUCAAAUGCGUCUAAGGAGUUGCAGGAGGAGAAGUUGGAUCUUGAGAUUCGGCGUUUUGAGCUGGAGAAGAGGAGGUACGAGCAUGAGAAGUACAUGAACCGGCAGAGGUUUCUCUUCGAAAGUGACAUGCGGAAGAAGGAGCAGGAACUGAGGAAACUGGAGUUGGAGAAUGAACGACUGGAAGUGGAGAAGAUGGUGGAGAUUGAGAGGUUACGGCUGAGGCAGGAGGAACGCGUGGAGAGAUUCAAAAUCGAGAUGGAAUAUGAGUUGAAAGAAUAAAUUCAAAUUUCGCUAGAAACAAA